UUAUUAUUAUUAUUAUUGUCAUUUCUGUGUAAACUCUGUUUUAUAUUUAAAAAAUAAUUAUAUAUAUAUAUAUAUCAAAAUUCUAAGUUCAUAUUACUGAUUCAAACAGUAAAAAUAAUUUUUUUUUUCACGACGUUGCUUAUUUUUUUCUCUCUUUAAAGUUGAGGGGUGGUAUGGACGACUGGUCUCUGUGUGCAACCAUCAUCUGCGUCAACUGGCUCAUGAUAUCAAGAAAAUAAAUAAAAUAAUAUUAGUAUCUUGUGAUCUGUUACUUGCAUUCAGUGCCUCAUUUACUUCUCUCUUAGUGCUUGUAUUUCAAUAUUAUCUUCUUCUUCUGCUUCUUCUUCUUUUCUGUAUUUAUAGGAAGUCCAUAAUUAUAGUAGGGGAUUAGUGAAGGCUUGUGGGGUGAACAAUGGAGAGAGUAGAUUUGAAAUGGGAGCAAAAUGAGGUGGAAGUUGAUGAAGAAGAAGAAGUAGGGGGUCUUAAAGUGAGAAGCUCCAAAGCUAUUAAAGAAGUAACAAAUGGGAAAAUUGAGACAAAUGGGCAUGCAGAUUCCACACCAAUGAUCACUAAUGGAACAGAAAAAUCUGAUCUUGGUGAUGAUCAAGAAAGGUCAAUGGAGCAUCUUUCAGAUUCCAGUAAUGGGGUUGAAGUUGAAGAGGGAACUGAACAAAAUGAAGUGUCUGUUCAGAAGAUUGUAGCUUUAAAUAAUGGGGUUGAAGAGGCAACAGAAAAAUCUGAUCUUGAUGAUGUACUAGCAAGGUCAACUGAGCAACUUUCAGAUUCCAAUAAUGAAGUGUCAGUUCAGCAGAUUGUAGCUUUAAAUAAUUGGUUUGAAGAGGGAAUUGAAGCUAAAGAAAAGUCACUUCAGCAGAUUGCAGCUUCACAUAAUGGGGUUGAGGUUGAAGAGGAAACAAAACCAAAAGAAGAGUCAGCUCAGCAGUUUGCAGCUUCAAAUAAUGGGGUUGAAGAGGGAACUGAACCACAAGAAGAGUCAAACCAGCAUCUUGUGACUUACACUGAUGGGGCUGAAGAGGGAACUGAACCACAAGAAGUGUCAAAACAGCAUCUUGUGACUUACACUGAUGGGGUUGAAGAGGGAACUGAACCACAGGAAGUGUCAGUUCAGCGGUUUUUAGCUUCAAAUAAUGGGGUUGAAGAGAGAACUGAAGCCAAAGAAGAGUCAAAACAGCAUCUUUUGAUUUCUGCUAUUGGGGUUGAAGAGGGAGCUGAACCAAAAGAAGUGUCAGUUCAACAGUUUGUAGCUUCAAAUAACGGUGUUGUAGAGGGAACAGAACCUAGAAAAGAGUCAAAACAGCAUCUUGUGACUUCUACUGAUGGGGUUGAUGUUGAAGAGGCAACAGAAACUGAAGAAAAGUCAACUCAGCAGAUUGUAGUUUCAGAUAAUGGGGUCGAUGAGGGAAUUGAAGCUAAAGAAGAGUCAAAACAGCAUCUUGUGAGUUCUACUGAUGAGGUUGAAAAGGGAACAGAAGCUGAAGAAGGGCCCUUCAGAUCAGGUCAUUCUGUCUAUUAUGACAAAGAUGAAGGAAUAUGGAAGUGUCGAGCCUGCAGUUGGACUUUGCUAGGCAAAAGCCUAGGUAUUGAUUGGACAAAGAUUCCUAGGGGCCACUUGGAUAAGCUGAUGCAUUACCCAAUGUUAGAUCAGAGUGAACUUUUCUUCAGUUUUGGAAGUAAAGAUAGUAACUCCAUUUCUACACCUUCCAUAAAGGAGAAGAUCGAUAAAAUUCCAGGAGAUGAAGGAAUUCAGGAGAGUGCUACUCUAAACAUUCAACUUAAUGGAUAUUUGAAGAGUGACAACUUGUCAAGUUCCCAUGCUCAGCUUUCCAAAGAUCUUUCAGAAGUUCACAACAUUGUUCGCAAGUCCACGACCAUUGAUGAAAUAGAAAGUGCAGAUGCUGACCUGAUAAAUGACAUUGACGCUGAUGUAAACGAUUUUGAUGUUGAGAAUGUAAUUCAGAAGCAGAAUACACAUGAUCUUUAUUGCCCUAAUUGCAAGUCAUGCAUUACUAAGAGGGUUAUUCUUCGUAAAAGGAAACGUAAAAUUCGGGUUUCUGGUGAUGAUGUCAAACGUAACAAACUUGUAGUUGUAGGUGAUUCCAAAGUGGAUGCUAGUCAUGCACAGGCAGCUGGGGAUGAAGUACGUGAUGUAGCUGAUAGUUCUCUUGAUGGUACUCCACCAUUGGAAGCGGAUGAUCACCAGCCUGAUAGAGAGCCAGAGCUAUUCAGAUGCUUAUCAUGCUUCAGCUUUUUUAUUCCAACAGGGAAUGGAUUCAAACUGUUCCGAAUGUUCGGAGAGAAAGGUAACCAAGAAAAUGUCAAAGGUGAACAGACACCUACAACAAACAAAAAAUGGUUCUCUAUCUUUGCAUUAAAUAAGGGAAAAGCAUCAGUUGAGCAAGGAAAUGGUAUUGGGGCAAAUGCAGUGAAAAAUGAUUCUGGAGUACUUAUACCAUCAGAUGAUUUCAAAGAUCGGAGAUCCAAGUCCUUAGUGAUUAAAGAAUCUGCUCCACCUGCACACUCCAGCAGUGAAAUCGCUCAGGACUCUGGAGGGAAAAUUUUAGGAUCAAAGAACCAAGAUGCAAAUAUGAAAGGGAAAAUGGUGAUUAAUACAGUGGGUAAAUCAGAAAAUGCAACAAAGAGUCAAGAAGGAGGUUCUGUCUUUGACAUCUUUGACGAAGAGACCCGAAAUCAGCCAGGCACCUCAGCAGCUUCUAAGAAAAUUCAAGGAAAUGAUAGGAAUGAUGAGCUGUUAAGAACCACAGACAGAAUUCAAGUUAGUGACGGAAAUAUUGUUCAAGAAAGCGUGCCAGCAUCUAAUGAUAGGAAGGAUGAGCUGUUAAGAAUCGGUGGUGGAGUUGAAGUUAGUAGUGGAAAUCUUGCGCAGGAAAGUCUGCCAGCAUCUAAUGAUAGGAAGGAUGAUCUGUUAAGAACCGGUGGCAGAAUUCAAGUUAGUAACGGAGAUCUUGUGCAGGAAAGUCUGCCAGCAUCUAAUGAUGGGAAGGACGAGCAGUUGAGAACCGGUGGCAGAAUCCAAGUUGGUAAUGGAGAUCUUGUGCAGGAAAGUUUGCCAGCAUCUAAUGAUAGGAAGGAUGAGCUGUUAAGAACCGAUGGCAGAAUUCAAGUUAGUGAUGGAAAUCGUCUACAGGACAGUGUGCCAGCAUCUCAACAGAAUGAAGUUAAGCUUCUGAUAACUUCAACAAAGGAGGAGUCUCUAACUAUAGAGACCGACUUAAAAUCUGAUAUGGCAAUACUAAAUAAAGAUCCAGAUAAUCAGUUCCUUCUGUCUUCAGCAACUACAGCUUUUGCACUCAAUGGGUUGGAUGAAAAUGGGAAACCCAAAUAUUUGACACAAAUCCCUCAAGAAACUGAGCAGCAUAUCGAAGCCAUGCUUUCCUCUGAGUCUCUGGUGGCAAACGAUGACAAUAAAUUUCAACUUGGUAGUAAAGACGGCGGCCAUCACUAUGAAGUUUCUCAGCAUACCAUCACAAAGACCAAUAUAGAGAUCCACUCAAAGCAGCCUUUAAAAGUUGAUGAGCAUGCCUUGAUUUCAUCGGUAAAGGACGCUUUAUCAAUUCAAGAUAAACCAGAUAACAUCACCAACAUUUCUGUGGAAGCAGCUGCAAACAACAUUCCAAGCAACGAUACCAUUAUAAAUGUGGAAGCAGGGCAUGAAACUACAGAAACAGCUUCAGCAAAUCUAGGUACUCAAAUCCAUUCUGUUGAAGGACAAGGAACUGAUGCUGCAGAAGUUUACAAAAUUGAGAUCGUAAAAAGCAUUGUAUUUGGGGGCUUAGCUGAGUCAGUUACAAGCUUAAGCAUUGUAUCAUCUGCAACUGGCGGUGACACCUCCACAUCGAACAUUUUAGUUCUGGCGAUGGCUAAUCUGAUUGGUGGACUUUUCAUCAUUUUCGACAAUCUUUGGGAGUUGAAAAGAGAUCGUUUCGAGCAAGCCAGCAAUCAGAUAAUGGAAAAACAUGUAGAUAGGUAUCGAGAACAACUUGGCCGGAGAGAAAACUUCACACUGCAUGCUGUACUUGUUGUAUUAUCUUAUAUCAUAUUUGGACUAGUGCCUCCUGUUACCUACGGCUUCUCAUUCCGCAAGAGCGAUGACAAGGAACUCAAGAUUGUGGCAGUUGCUGCAGCUUCACUUGUGUGCAUCUUAAUGCUGGCAACUGGAAAGGCCUAUGUUCAGAGAGCACCCAAACCUUACUUCAAAACUAUAUCAACUUACAUUAUUUUAGGCUUCACGGUUUCGGGUGUAUCUUAUGCAGCAGGCAUACUAUUCAAGAGACUGCUGGAAAAGCUUGGCCUUUUCCAGCCAAGUUCACCGCCAAACCUGUUCCUUCCGGAGAUGCCGGGUACUGGAGCAGCAUGGGCAUCUUUGUGAAGAUCUGACUGAUGAACCACAAACAUGUAACCUCCAGGAAUAUCUUCUUAGUUCUAUGUUAGUUACUUGCCUUUUUGUGUAUAUUUAGCCUCUCCCCCCUGGUUAUUUAAGCUACUUGGACCAAACACUCUGAUAAAAAUAAAUAUCUGCAUUACAACUUUUGCAGUUAUCCA